AACAAACAGGCACAAGCAACCGACUCCUGGCCGAAGAGCUGCUCGCGUGUGAACCGCCUCGCAACCGAGGAACUCAUCCCGCUCCUCCACCACCAGAACGAUGGGUUCCGACCCCCAGUACGCGAAGUGGCCGCUGCUGCCGCUCGCGCAGGAUGUUUUCACUCUCACAAACUCGUACGCCUCCCGGGCCGCGCAAGAGAUGGCCGCGAAGCAUCUCCAGGAUGCCAUUUCCGAGCACAAGAUGGCGCCUUUCUAUCGGUACCUGGCACACCCGAUAGACGGCAUUCUCAAUGCGGUUGGCGAGGGCAGCGCGAACGUCCCCGGCAAGCCCCCGAGUAGGAAGAGCAGUGCUGCCGGCAUGAUCGCGACCAAGAGCGCAACCGCUAGCAUAAACCUGCCCUGGGACGAGGCACUGUACCAAUCGCUGAAGGCCGACAACGACCGUGAGCUGGAGGAGUUUCAGAAGGAGGAGGAGGAAGCCGUUGAGAAGGCUGGCGACACGGAGAUCCAAGCUGCGCGGGGCAAGCGGGCCGAGUUCUGGGCCCGGGUCGGCGACAAGGAGAAAGCCAUCGCCGCAUACGAGGACGUCUUCGAGAAAACCGGCGUGCUCGGCACCAAGAUCGACCUCGUGCUUGCCAUCAUCCGGAUGGGUCUCUUCUAUGGCGACAAGCACCUCGUCAAGAAGCACGUCGAGCGCGCCAAGACGCUGGUCGAGAGUGGCGGUGACUGGGACCGGCGCAACCGGCUGAAGGCGUACGAAGGCCUGUUCCUGCUCACCGUCCGCAGCUACAACUUCGCGGCGCCGCUCCUCCUCGACAGCCUGUCGACCUUCACCUCGUACGAGCUCUGCACCUACAGCAACCUGGUCAUCUACGCCGUGCUCGCCGGCUCAGUCUCCCUCAAGCGCGUCGAUUUCAAGUCCAAGGUGGUCGACGCGCCAGAAAUCAAGGCGAUCCUCGGCGACGGCGAGGAGAAGCUGCUCGCGCUGAGCGGCGCCAUCUCGGCCGGGCCCGGCGCCGACGCCGACAUGGCGGACGCCACCACGGCGCCAGCGGCCGCGCCGGUCAAGGCCGUCAACCUGACGACGCUCGGCAGCACCAUCGAGCAGCCCGAGUCCGAGCUGGCGGUCGACUUCAGCCCGCUCGCCCAGCUCGUCAGCAGCCUGUACAACGGCCGGUACAAGCUGUUCUUCCAGGCGCUGGCCCUCGUCGAGGAGCAGUUCCUGACCCAGGACCGCUACCUGCACGAGCACCGGGGCUGGUUCAUCCGCGAGAUGCGCCUGCGCGCCUACCAGCAGCUGCUGCAGAGCUACCGCGUCGUCGGGCUCGACAGCAUGGCCAACGACUUUGGCGUGACGGUCGACUUUCUGGAUCGCGACCUCGCCAAGUUCAUCGCGGCCGGCCGCAUCCCCUGCACGAUCGACCGCGUCGCCGGCCACGGCGUCAUCGAGACGAACCGGCCGGACGACAAGAACAAGCAGUACCAGGACGUGGUGCGCCAGGGCGACCAGCUGAUCACCAAGCUGCAGAAGUACGGGCAGGCCGUCCGGUUGCGGGGGAGCGAGAGGGCGUAGUACAGCAGGCGACCCCCCAAUGGGGGGGUUGGCCGGGAGGUGUGGUGAUGUGGUUGUCUUGAAAGCGGGUUAGGUACAUACAUCCAAGUACAAUGCCCCGUGCCCGAAACGCGUAGAGCAUAGUGCUAGUGUUAUGA